UGACAACCAGUUUUCGGUCGCAUCCUAGGCACGUGAUACACUUGCUUCCCAGUUUGGUCUAUGCCGUCAGAUCCGGUUCCGGUGAAGUGACGGGCCCGGAAUCCACAGGAACACCCGAGGCACCGGGACCGGGAGAUGAGAUGACAACGUCAACCCUGCAGAAAGCCAUUGAUUUGGUAACUAAAGCCACAGAGGAGGACAAGAAUAAGAAUUAUGAGGAGGCCCUGAGGCUAUAUCAACAUGCAGUGGAGUACUUUUUGCAUGCCAUCAAAUAUGAAGCUCACAGCGACAAAGCCAAGGAGAGUAUCCGAGCCAAGUGCAUGCAGUAUCUUGAUCGGGCAGAAAAAUUAAAAGAUUACCUUAAGACCAAGGACAAACAAAAUAAGAAACCAGUGAAGGAGUCUCAAAAUGAGAAGGGAAGUGACAGUGACAGUGAGGGGGAAAAUCCAGAAAAGAAAAAACUGCAAGAGCAGCUUAUGGGUGCCAUUGUCAUGGAGAAGCCAAAUGUUCGAUGGAAUGAUGUAGCUGGUCUUGAAGGUGCAAAAGAAGCUUUGAAAGAGGCUGUGAUCUUACCUAUCAAGUUCCCCCAUCUAUUCACAGGUAAGCGUACACCAUGGCGAGGCAUACUGCUUUUUGGACCCCCUGGAACUGGGAAGUCCUAUCUGGCAAAAGCUGUAGCAACGGAAGCCAAUAAUUCUACAUUCUUCUCUGUGUCUUCUUCUGACCUUAUGUCCAAGUGGUUGGGGGAGAGUGAAAAGCUGGUGAAGAAUCUUUUUGAGUUAGCACGGCAACACAAACCAUCCAUCAUCUUUAUUGAUGAAGUGGAUUCUCUGUGUGGUUCUAGAAAUGAGAAUGAGAGUGAAGCUGCCCGUAGAAUCAAGACAGAGUUCCUGGUGCAGAUGCAGGGUGUUGGUAACAACAAUGAUGGUAUACUUGUUUUGGGAGCCACAAACAUACCAUGGGUACUAGAUUCUGCCAUUCGAAGAAGGUUUGAGAAGAGAAUAUACAUCCCUCUACCUGAAGAGGCAGCCCGUGCCCAAAUGUUUCGGCUGCACUUGGGAAAUACUCCACACAGUUUGGGCGAAGAGAAUAUACGUGAGCUUGCCAAGAAAACUGACGGUUACUCUGGUGCAGACAUUAGUAUCAUUGUGCGUGAUGCUCUUAUGCAGCCCGUGCGCAAGGUGCAAUCUGCCACACACUUCAAAAAAGUCCGUGGUCCCUCACGCACAAAUCCAGGGAUCAUUGUUGAUGAUCUCUUAACACCUUGCUCUCCUGGAGACCCAGGGGCAGUAGAAAUGACUUGGAUGGAGGUGCCAAGUGAUAAACUACAAGAGCCUGUUGUCUGUAUGUCUGAUAUGCUAAGGUCUUUGGCUACUACUCGACCAACAGUAAAUUCAGAUGAUCUUCUGAAAGUGAAGAAAUUUACAGAAGACUUUGGCCAGGAGGGAUGAUGUGCAGUACAGUGUGAGGUGGCAUGCCUUUUGGACACCUUAUGCGCUUGCUUAUCUCAAAGUGCCCCCACCAGUUACAACACAAGGAUUUGCCGACUCUGGAGAUGCCCACCUGUAUAUACAGGACUCCUAAAUUUUCCCCCAGGGUCUUCAAAACCUGGGCACAUCCAUUUUACCUUCAAUAUGCUUCUGUUUCUGAAGUUUACAUUUAUUUGCCAUCAGUCACCAGUCUUUUGUGACUCUUUUUUUUUUCUUUCCCUUUUCCCAACCCUAGACCAUAUGAAACAGAAGAGAUCUGCCUGCCUGUUGAAUGAUACUGACUUUUAUUCUAAUUGAUAAUCUGACAUUUUGCCACUCCUUAUCCUGCAAUCCCUUUGGGAUUAUACAGUGGAGGUGGUUUCCUACUGCCCUUCUGCAUCUAUCCCUGCCAGUUUCUGCUUUUUUGCAUUACUGGGUAUAUAUGUUGAGCUGUGUAAAUAUAUUCUUUCUGAGUGGAUAA